AUGGCAAUAGAACGUGUGCGCGAUGUUGCAGAGAACUGUGAAGAGGCUUCUGCAGUUGGAAGCAUGGAUACAGAGGAAAAAGGGGAAGGUUUUCGGAGAUUUGUGUUUCCGCCUCUGCCUGAGAGAGAGUGUAAACCUUCAUCUACUUCUUCUGUUACUUUACUUUACCUCUCACAAAUCAUGGCUCCGAAGAAGGAUAAGGCUCCUCCACCUUCCUCCAAGCCCGCCAAAUCUGGCGGUGGCAAGCAGAAGAAGAAGAAGUGGAGCAAGGGAAAGCAAAAGGAGAAGGUGAACAACAUGGUGCUGUUUGAUCAGGGUACCUAUGACAAGCUCCUCACCGAAGCACCCAAAUAUAAGCUUAUCACUCCGUCCAUCCUCUCUGAUCGAUUGAGGAUUAACGGAUCGCUGGCAAGGAAGGCGAUAAGAGAACUGAUGGCUAGAGGUUCCAUCAGGAUGGUGUCUGCCCAUGCAAGUCAGCAAAUUUACACGAGGGCAACGAACACCUAA